AUGGCCACCGAGGACUGGUUCGUGAGCGAAUGUGGACCGGAGUCUGACGACCUUUCUUACGAUGGUGUGCCAGACUGCGCGCAAAGUUGUCUGCACGAAAAGCUCGUCUACUAUGGCUGCGUCACCGAGGGUAGCAACUGUUUCUGUAUCCACGGCAGUCUGUUCGACUGUCAGUCCAACUGCCACAAGGAGAACGAAAGGACGGCCAUCAAGAACUGGCUGAUGGACCGGGGUAGCGUCAAUGCCGCAUUGGCCGAGAAGGGCGCCGACACCGGUAUCUUCUAUGGCUCCACAGACGCUGCUUCAGAGUCGAGACAGUGGCCGAUCCUGUUUCGGUCCAAAGGAAAGAGUUGA